CCGGAAACUAGUGUAACAUAAAAACUGUUCCCCUUGUCAAAAACACAUCCCAAAUAAUAAAUAAACAGCACGGAAGGGGAUGAUAUCGCAAAAUAAAUUUUCUUGACCACAACUGAAAGGGUAGCCAUGGCUUCUCGUGGGAAAUCGGAAACCAGUAAAUUAAAACAAAACAUGGAGGAGCAACUCGACAGACUAAUGCAACAGCUCCAGGACCUGGAAGAGUGCAGAGAAGAGCUCGACGAGGACGAGUACGAGGAGACAAAGAGCGAGACCCUGGAGCAGCUGAAUGAGUUCAACGAGUCUCUGAAGAAGAUCAUGUCCGGGGACAUGACACUGGUGGAUGAACUUGGAGGAAUGCAGCUGGCCAUCCAGGCAGCCAUUAGCCAAGCAUUCAAGACCCCCGAGGUGAUCCGUCUGUUUGCCAAGAAGCAGCCAGGACAGCUCCGGACCAGGCUGGCUGAGAUGGACCGGGACGUGAUGGUGGGGAAGCUGCAGAGGGACGUGUACACGCAGCAGAAGGUGGAGAUCCUCACCGCCCUGAGGAAGCUGGGCGAGCAGCUCACGACAGAGGACGAGACGUUUCUGGUGGCGAACGCGAGCGCCACUCUCAGCCAGUUUGAGAAAGUCACUGCAGACCUGGGAUCAGGAGACAAGAUUCUGGCCUUGGCUUGUUCUGGUGUGGAGAAAACUAAGACAUAGAGCAGCUCCACACCCCAGUCCCAGGACCACCUGCCUAACUCUGUGCGCUGCAGCUAAAGCUGUCUUAUGAGGGAAGACGGCUCAUUCUUUACCCGCAUUUCAUUUAAUCAUCCGUCAAAGCAAUUAUUUAGUAAAUUGUUUACAUAAUUUUUCAUCCAUUGCAUUUCUUGUGCAAAUGUUGUUUUUAUGCAAGAUGAGAUGAUUCAGAAACUUUAAUCCUCGUGUCAUUAUGUUAGUAAGGAACAUUUCUCAAUUGUGAAGAUGGUACGACAUUGUCUGUACUGGCACUCCGUUGUUUAGGAUUCCUUUUUAUUUAAACUUCUGUGAACUUCAGUUAAAUUGGAAAAAGUUAAUGCCUUAAUCAGUGUUUAGUGUAAAUGUGAAACAGUUGGACGACUUUGAUUGGAUGAAGCAGCAAUGAGUUGUAAUUGUAACAUGGGCAAAAGAAUAUACUGUAUAUCUGAAGAAGAAAUGAAAGCUUUUUUGCCGUUUGCCAGAUGAGACCCAGACAUCCAGCACUUUCAAACGCAGUGCACUGAUGUGCAGGAUAAAGACAGUCUCGGACAUGUUGCAUUGACAAGCCUCACCACGAGAAAAGCAAAUAAUUUCCUCAUGAUGGGGCAGUUGGCAUUAAUGUCAUCUUUUCCACAAGGCCAAUCAGAAGUUCUUAGAUUUUAGCCCUUCACACGCAAGCAAAACCUAUUUUUAGUAUUUGUAAUUCAAGCAGCAUUUCCUCUUAUCCCUCUCUUAAGAUAAUUUGUAUGGUGUGGUUGUGGACAUUGUUCUGCUGAGGGGAAUUUCAGCAGAAGCUUCCCUGGGUAAAUUAAGUAUAGAACACUUUUGAUAUUGUAAUACGAACUGUGGGAUUUCGAAUUGCAGAGAUUGUAUGUUUAAGUGUUAACAUUGGCUUUGUAUACUUGGUUUUAUUUCAGUAUAUAAAACAUUAAUAGAAUGUAAGCUGUGGAAAAAACAUGUCAUUAUGAAUAAUCACAUGUUGCAUUUUUUUGAAUGCUUGACCUUUUUUAACGUUUGAAAAUUGUAUUAGAACAUUGUGUAAAAGAAUUGUAAUAAAUGGCACUAGUUGUA